AUGGAUAAUAUCCCGGUUGGAGUUGUCAAAAUGCCUCUAUCAACUACUUAUUUUAACACUUCCGAACGAAUAGACCAAAAUACACUUAUGAAACUCUCUAAUAAAAAUGGCAUAAAAACAACCGAUAUUACUAAAAUCAAUCGAAAAAAAUAUGAACGCAAGGUUAAAAAAGCAAAGCUAAGUGCUCGUUCAGAACUUGACAUUUUUGAAUGGUCCAAGCAUGGUUUUGCCAACAACAAUUAUUGGAUUUCGCCAUCUGCCGACAAACUUCCCCGAAUCGACGAAUCACAAGUUCCUCGAGAAGAAUUCAUAAAGAAAUAUGAGGAUCCCGGUUUACCUGUCGUCAUUACCGGUUGUACGAAAGGCUGGGCCGCAGAAACAAAAUGGAACAAAGAGGAACUUUUGCGAAAUUACGCCCGUCACAAAUUCAAAAUCGGUGAAGAUGACAAAGGAAAUCCUGUACGCAUGACUUUUAAAUAUUAUAUGUACUAUUUAGAAACAGAAGGUUUAAAAGAUGAUAGUCCAUUGUAUAUUUUUGAUUCGUCUUUUGGAAGACGUGGGAAGCCUAAAAAGGCCAAUUCUGAAGGAAAAAAUUUAAAUCCGAAAUCUAAGGAAUGCCUGUUGAAAGAUUACAAGGUUCCUACUUAUUUCGACGAUGAUCUCUUUCGUUUUACAGGUGAAAACCGCAGACCUCCAUAUCGCUGGUUUGUACUUGGUGGAGGAAGAAGUGGAACUGGAAUUCAUGUUGACCCACUAGGAACUUCUGCGUGGAACACUUUGUUGGUUGGGCACAAACGCUGGUGCCUUUUUCCACCAUCCACGCCUCGCAGAUUAAUUGAUCCAAAGCAGAAGGAUCAUGAAGCUGUAACUUGGUUUAGUUGCGUCCUUCCUAAGCUACUUGAAGUCCAUGAGGGGAAAAACAAAAGCCUUGCUGAGGAAUACGGAAUGGUUGAAGUGUUACAGGGACCUGGUGAAACAAUGUUCGUACCGGGUGGAUGGCAUCACGUGGUAAUGAAUUUAGAUUUUACAAUUGCCGUCACUCAGAAUUUCUGUUCUCCAACUUCCAUUGAACAAAUUUG